AAAAAAAAAAACAGCACGUUAUAACAAAAUUCCUUCCAUACCUCUCCAUCAAAACACACACCCCAUUUCUCUCUCUUUCCCUUUCAACUUCCAGUUCUCCUCAAAAACCAAUUCCAAUGAAUUCAAAUGGAUCCACAUUUUGGUGCCACAGAUGCGACAGAUUCAUUAGGGUUCAUACUCAACACAUUGUAAUCUGCCCAGAUUGUGGCGGCGGAUUUGUCGAAGGAAUCGACGCUUCUUCCUCACUCUCUCCUCUUUCCCCAAUCUCUCCUCCCACCACUACCACCACCACCACCAGGAUGUUCCCACCUGCAAAUCUCGACAAUUCUCGGCUCAUUCGAAGUUCUUCAUCCUCGAUUAAUCCGGUAAUUGCUCUUCCUAAUUCAAGUGAUGAUACUCAACUUCCUAAUUAUCAAUUGUUUUAUGAUGAUAGCUCGGGUUUGGGGCUGCGUCCUUUACCGGUUAGUAUCGCCGAUUUUUUAAUGGGUUCGGGUUUUGAUCGAAUUCUUCAUCAAUUAGGCCAGUUAGAUUUCAAUAGUAGUUUGGAUAAUCCGCCUGCUUCAAAAUCAGCGGUAGAGUCUAUUCCUGUUGUACAGAUUGUGGCUAGUCAUGUAGGAUCUGAAUCACAUUGUGCAGUUUGUAAAGAAGAGUUUGAGAUCGAUACUGAAGCUCGUGAAUUGCCCUGUAAGCAUAUUUAUCAUUCGGAUUGUAUACUUCCGUGGCUGGUGUUGCAUAAUUCUUGCCCCGUUUGUCGGUUCAAGUUACCAACUGAUGAUAUGAGUGGGAAUGAGGGUAGGGGUUCGGAUUCAGUUGAAGGGAUGAUGGUGGGGUUGAGAAUAUGGAGACUUCCUGGUGGAGGUUUCGCUGUUGGUAGGUUCAUGGGUGGGAGAGGGACUACAGAGGAGGGUUUGUUUCCUGUUGUUUAUACAGAAAUGGAUGGAGGGUUUGGUAACAAUGAUGAUUUCAGGAGGAUUUCAUGGCCGUUAAGGGAGAGGAGGUCAGGAAGGAGUAGGGGAUGGACUCGUGCUUUUCGUAGUUUCUUUACUUUCUUCCGGAGAAAUAGAGAUACAUCAUCAUCAUCUGGUUCGAGUGUUGUUCGUUCCCGCUCAUUAUUCAGGAGGAGACAGAGUGAAGGAUGGACAUUUGGUGUUUAGAUUGAAAGUUUGAUUUAGCAAAGAGAUUGUUGUUCCAAUUGAGGUGCCACAGUCUACUAAUCAGUAAUAAAUGUUGUUUUCUUGUUUGGUUAGUGUAUAUAGUUACAUGAAUGGUAGAAGGAUCAGGAAUUAAUAGCAUUUCCAUGUCUCACUUAGGCUUAGUUUCAGAUACUGGGAUACUAUCUUGUACUUGAGUUAUAGUGAUGAAAUAAUCUGUAUUAAGAUUUUUGAUAACUUAUUCAAUAAAUGAUCUCUUGUUAUCUUCUUUGA